CAUUCUCAGGAACUGCCCUGCAGCCAGAGUGAAGCUUCAUAAAUAUCUGGCUGGAACCAGACCCUCUGUCAAAUAUCUAGACGAAGUCGGCAGUGCUACAAGCUCAAGAAAUCCCCCUUUGCUUGGUUUGGGAAGCUGCACGUCUUUCCCAUGAAAUUAGCUUGAAUGGGCGCUCUGGCCUCAUCCCUGGGUGCUAAGAUAGCAUCAGCAGUGACCAUGGCUCAAGUUGGUGGGGCGGCCACUGGCACCUUCAUAGCUGGCCUUUCAUCACAGGGGCUCAUGCUGGUAUCUAAGGCUGCCCUGGGCCCUGCAGCCUCUGCCCUGGGCUCUGCAACAACUGCUCUUGGCACCAUCCUGCCGGCGUCCUCUGCCGCUGCUGUCUCUAUGGCUGCUUCCUCAGUUGGAGGCAAGAUUGCCCUAGCUGUAGUUGGAGGAGGGCUGGCUGUGGUGUCUGUGCCCGUGGUGCUGAAUGCUGUGGGCUUCACUGGAGCAGGAAUUGCUGCUUCAUCCCUGGCAGCCAAGAUGAUGUCAGCUACUGCCAUCGCCAAUGGUGGCGGGGUGCCCGCAGGAAGCCUGGUGUCCGUUCUGCAGUCUGUGGGGGCAACUGGACUCACUGCAUCUACUAAAGCCUUACUGGGCACUGUUGUGUCAACUGGGACAGCCCUUGUGGCCACAGCGGCAGGCCUCUAAUAAUUCCAGGCCCUUGCUUGAAGAGGAGAGGACCACAGGAGUAUAGACUGGUGUCCCACAGCUGGGCUGACCCAUGAAGGGACCAGUCCUGAGGUGACAAGGCACCAAAUGCUACAUCCCUAGAGAAAAUAAAGAAUAAAGUGAGUUAUUGCAAACCUA